AUGAGCUCGGACGAAACGGUGGAAGUGGUUAUACCACUUGUGAAAACUAUAACCAACCUGACCUUUCGGAACUUGUCGUACGCCGUGAAUCAGAAGCACCUGCUGCGGAAUAUCUCCGGCACGCUCAAGUCUGGUAGACUGACGGGAAUUCUAGGACCAUCGGGGGCCGGUAAAUCGACACUGUUGAACAUACUCAGUGGUUUUAGAACACAGGGAGUUAGUGGAAAAAUACUGAUUAACAAUGAGACGGUCGAUUGCCAGAAGUAUCGCCAACUAGUCGCCUACACCGAACAGGAUGUACCCUUGCUGCAGAAUCUCACCGUCCGUGAAACGCUCCACUACGUGGCGGAUCUUAGGCUGUCUAAGAACGUUUCCUACAUCCACAAGACGAAGAUCGUUAACGACAUUGUAGCGCUGUUAGGGCUCCAGAAGUGUUCCCACAGUCAAGCGAGAACACUGUCCGGAGGUGAACGGAAACGACUCUCGAUCGGGCUGGAGCUGGUGUCGAACCCGAAGAUUAUGUUCUUCGAUGAACCGACCAGCGGGCUGGAUAGUGUCGCAUCCUAUCAGGUGAUCUCGUACAUGAGAGAUCUGGCCAGGCAGGGUCGGUGUGUCGCCACCGUGGUACAUCAGCCGAGUUCGGAGUUGCUCGAGCUGUUUGAUGAUGUGUACAUCGUGGUGGACGGAAGGUGUAUGUAUCAGGGAUCGUUAGACGAUCUAAUACCCACGCUAGAGGAGGUUGGAUUCAGCUGUCCUCCGUAUUACAAUCGAGCCGAUUUUGUGUUAAAAAUAGCGUCUCAGAGAGCCGACGAUCUGGACAGUGUGGAGAAGCUGAUAGCACGAGCUGAUACCGCCAUCAACGGAUACUUGGAAAACGAUACCACCAACGUGCAGGAAGGUAGCAAUCUGCUGACAGAGAGCAAAGCCACCUCCCAAUAUCCCAUCGCCUGGUGGAGACAGUUUGUGGUUCUGGUUCGCCGAACAGCACUGUGCACGGUACGGAACAUCACCCUCACGCGGUUCCGUCUGCUGGGCCAUCUGCUGUUCGGGCUCGCGAUCGGUAGCGUGUUCUACAACGUGGGAGAUGACGGUGCCAAAGUGUUAUCUAACGUGUCCUGCCUCAUUCUCUUCCUCAUGUUUAUCGUGUUCGCCAACGCAAUGACCGUGGUGCUGACGUUCCCGCUCGAGAUGGCCGUCUUUGUGCGGGAGCACAAGAGCAAUUACUAUCCGGUGUCGGCCUACUACUGCUCGAAGCUGAUUGCCGACUUUCCGCUGAUGCUGGCCGGUGUGAGCUGCUUCCAGCUGAUCGUGUACUACCUGACCGGGCAGCCGAACGAAACGGAGCGUGUGGUGCUGUACUGGGUGAUCUGCGUACUGUUUGGAUGGUUGGCACAGAUGUACGGCAUGGUCGCCGGCAGUAUGUUCCCGCUCGACGUCAGCCCGUUCGUCGUGCCGGCUUCGGUCAUACCGGCGGUAAUGUUUUCCGGGUUCUUCAUACGCUACAACGAACUGCUCGCCGUGUUCAAACCGCUCACGUACGUCAGCUACUUUCGGUACGGGUUCGAAGGUUUGGCGCAGGCCACGUACGGUCUGAACCGGACGCAGCUCGGCUGCAGCGAAAUGUUUUGCUACUAUCGGAAAACGAGCAAGGUGAUGGAAAUGCUGCAGAUGGAACAGGACCGGUACUGGUACGAUGUGGUCGGCUUAUCGGUGUGGAUAGCCGUCCUUCACAUUCUGCUGUACGUCAGCCUGAAAGUAAGACUGCGUCGAAACCGGUGA